AUGACGAGUGUUGUCAAGCAUUGGUACGUUAACCCCAACUACGCCCACUUUCACAACCGUAGAAGACGAAUGCAGGGUAAACAGCGGGAUCUUUUCCCGGUUUUACUCCAGUUGAAUCAUUUUAAUCUCGUUCCCAAUAAGCAAGAUGUUACACUCUGGCGAACUGAUGAAGGUAAACUCAUGUCGUUCUCUUCAAAGUUGGUAUGGGAAGCUACCCGUUCUCGAGGUCAAGAAGUGACUUGGUCAAAGAUUGUGUGGUCGGGUUGUAAUAUUCCGAGACAUUCGCUUCAUUGCUGGUUGAUCUUUAGAAGGAAAUUAUGGACUCAAGAUCGAAUUCAGAAAUGGAAUCACAUCACUAGUGGAUCUAUGAACAUGAUGUGUUGUUUAUUGUGUCAACGAGAGUUGGAAUCACAUGAGCAUUUGUUUUUUCAAUGUUCAUAUUCGUCUUCAAUUUUGGAUGCUAUCAAGGAGAAGUCUAGUAUGAAGAUGGUGCCUAACAAGUGGGUUGACAUAGUUGGAUGGCUGCUGCCGAAAGCGGCCUCUAGAUCCUUAAACUCGGUUAUCGCUAAACUCCUCGUCAAGGCAGCCGCGUAUUUCAUAUGGCAAGAGAGAAAUUACAGGUUUUUCAACAAUCAAUUAAGGCCACCUGAAGUGAUAACAAGUAUUAUUAUUGACACUGUGAGGCUGAAGUUAUUCUCAUUCAAGUAUAAGGAUAAGCCGCAUGUGAGGAAAAUCUUGGAAGAUUGGAAGCUGAGCUCAAUAGAGACCUUUGAAGAGACCUGA